GAUCCACAGGACGCCUCUGAUGGGUGGGAACUGAGGCGAUUGCGUAAUGCACCUCAACAUCUGACCAAUAACUGUUGACACUUGCUGACCCUCUUUCUACUUGCUGUUUGGAAGUUCGUCCUCAGUGCAGGUCAACAGAGCAAGAACAGCUUCAUUAUCAUGGCUGCCUUCCUCCAUCACUGCCCCUUCCUGAAGUCGGUUCCAAAGCCAGCUUUAAGGAGGACUGGAGCCUCCUUGCUGUCUCUGGCAGACCGCUGCCCCAUGAUCACUCGUCAUAUCACGGUGAGCGGCCCAGACUCUCUGGAUGCCAAGCUGAAUAGCUCAGCCACCCAGCCCCAGGAUCACCAGCUUCCCACAGCUCAACAAAGGAGGCUCUUUGCUCAAACUGCUACUCAGGUGGCUGUGUCUGCAUCAAAGGGCUGUCCUUUUGUCAGCUCUCAGAUUGGGAUGGUCCGAGCCAGCCCCGAAGUACAGGAGGAUGUCCAAGAAGGUUUGAUGACUUCUUUCCUGAAAGGUAUAAAGGACUCAGUGUUCCCAACAUCAGCUCAAACCAGCACUGUUACCCACCUCCUCAAUGACAACAUGGCUGGCCCCAGCUAUGACUACGAUCAGUUCUUCAUGGAGAAGAUUGCUGUGAAAAAGAAGGACCACACAUACAGAGUCUUCAAGACAGUGAACAGGAGUGCUGAGGCCUUCCCGUUUGCUGAGGAUUACACCAUCUCUGGGCGGGAGGGCUCCCAGGUGUCCGUCUGGUGCAGCAACGACUAUCUGGGAAUGAGUCGGCACCCACGGGUCAUCGGUGCCAUCAGAGAUGCCCUGGACAAGCACGGCGCAGGAGCUGGUGGGACGAGAAACAUUUCAGGCACCAGUAACUUCCAUGUGUCUCUGGAGAACGAGCUUGCUGGGCUGCACCAGAAAGAUGCAGCUUUGGUCUUCUCGUCCUGCUUUGUGGCAAAUGACUCCACCCUCUUCACUCUGGCUAAGAUGCUGCCAGGAUGCGAGAUCUACUCAGACGCAGGGAACCACGCAUCGAUGAUUCAGGGCAUCAGGAACAGCGGAGCUAAGCGUUUCAUCUUCCGCCACAAUGACAGCCGACACCUGGAGGAACUGCUCCAACGCUCAGACCCCAUGACACCAAAGAUAGUGGCAUUUGAGACAGUGCACUCAAUGGACGGUGCCAUAUGUCCCCUGGAAGAGCUUUGUGAUGUAGCUCAUCGUUAUGGAGCACUGACAUUUGUUGAUGAAGUUCAUGCUGUGGGCCUGUAUGGAGCCCACGGAGCUGGAGUGGGCGAGAGAGACAAUGUUAUGCACAAGAUUGACAUUGUUUCUGGGACCUUAGGCAAAGCCUUUGGCUGUGUGGGAGGCUACAUUGCCAGCAGCGCCGCCCUGGUGGACACGGUGCGCUCCUACGCAGCUGGCUUCAUCUUCACAACUGCCCUGCCCCCGAUGAUCCUGGCCGGAGCGCUGGAGUCUGUGCGGGUUUUAAAGAGCUCAGAGGGCCAGGCGCUCCGCAGAGCCCACCAGAGGAAUGUCAAACACAUGAGGCAGCUGCUCAUGGAUAAAGGCCUACCUGUGGUCAACUGUCCCAGCCACAUCAUCCCCAUUCGGGUGGGCAACGCUAAGCUGAACACCAAGGUGUGUGACAUCCUUCUGGAGCGGCACGACAUCUACGUACAGGCCAUCAACUACCCCACAGUGCCUCGGGGUGAGGAGCUGCUGCGACUGGCUCCAUCUCCUCAUCACAGCCCCGACAUGAUGGAGUACUUUGUGGGGAAACUGGUGGACGUGUGGCAGGAAGCGGGUCUUCUACUCAAUGGCCCGGCAACAGCUUCCUGCACCUUCUGUGACCGUCCACUGCACUUUGACCUCAUGAGUGAGUGGGAGAAGUCCUACUUUGGCAAUAUGGAACCGCAAUACAUUACUGUGUAUGCAUAAGACCAAAGUAAAUGUUUGAUCUCAGCUACAUAAGCAGUAUAUGCAUAAAUCUAAUGCUAUAUACACUAUACAAUACAAAAUGAUGGAGUCUUUCUUUUGAUGCACAGUGAAGAGUGAGAUUACCUUUAAAAUUGUGUUUAAUCAUUCUUUAAUGGCAGCAAUGUGGAGUAAAUUUCAGCAUUUAUGAUCACAUGUAUUUCUGCAUACUAACUUGUGUUUGCCACCGUGGAUACGAUUAAAGAAUUGCCUUCAUUUUAAAAGCAAAAAA